AUGGCGGCAGCGACAGGCCUCGGGUCGCUGCCGUUUUUCUUCAUGGAGAUGGAGGAGGAGUGGGCUGGCGUGUGUAACGGCGUGGCUUGCGGCGUGAUGAUGGCAGCUAGUUUCGACUUAGUCUCCGAGGGAAGGUUGCACGACAGCGGAUCAGGCGGCGCGUGCGUUGUGGUAGGGAUUAUUCUAGGCGGGCUGUUCAUUGUUUUAAGUCAGCGGGUAUUGGAGCAGUUCGGGGACGUUAAAAUGAUGGAUUUAAAAGGCGCAUCGGCCAACCGCGUGGUUCUCAUCCUCGUUAUCAUGACCCUCCACUCCUUCGGCGAAGGCUCGGGAGUCGGCGUCUCCUUCGCCGGCCCUCGCGGGCUGUCGCAGGGGCUGCUGGUAACCAUCGCCAUCGCCGUGCACAACGUACCGGAGGGCCUCGCGAUGACUCUCGUCAUGGUCGCGCGCGGCGUGCGGCCGCGCAACGCCAUGCUCUGGAGCGUCUUCACGAGCCUCCCGCAGCCGCUCGUCGCCGUCCCCGCGUUCCUCGGCGCCAACACCUUCACUCAGUUCCUCCCGCUCUGCAUGGGCUUCGCCGCGGGUUGCAUGAUCUGGAUCGUUUUCGGCGAGGUUCUCCCGGAGUGUAUUAAAGAGGGCGCGAACUCCUCCCACAUCGCCUCCGCCGCGACUCUCUCCGUUGCGUUCAUGGAGGCGCUAGGAGCUUUCCUCGAAGGCGCGGACGCGCCAGAAAGCUGGCACCGAUUGGUACCGAUUGCUUGGGCGCUGCUGUUCUUUCUCGGGCCACUCGUAGGGUCCGUACUCCCGCUCAUCCUGUCCCACUCGCUCCCUGCCCCUGUGUCGCCGCCUCUGCUAUCUGGGCUAGCGGGAGGGGCGCUGCUCGGUUUGGCGCUGUGGCAGCCGGUGCAGCUGCUGGUAACUGGACAGAUGGAGGUGUUGCCUCUGCUGUCAGUGUUCUAUGUGGGCUGUGUGCUGCAUUACUUUUGUGCCAGUAUGGGGCGGGGCCUGGGGGGUGGGUGUGUGGGCAACGCGCAGCAGAAAUUGCAGGGCGGUUUUGGUGACGUUCAGUAUAGUCACGGGCUGCAGCAGUGGGUUGGGGACGGCGAUGAGAAGGAGGUGCUCCGGGCGUGCAAGCCGAGCCUGCAGCUUAGCUACGGAAUCCGAACCUCCAUUCUGGUCUGUAUUGCUGUCUCAGGCCAUGCUUUCGCGGAGGGGCUUCUGUUGGGGCAGAAAGCAGCGCCAGGAGGGGACCUAGGAGGAGAUUUAGGAGCAAGAGGAAGAGGAGGAGGGAGAGUAGGAGAGAUUGGGAUGCGCAUGCUGCUUCCAGCAGCCAUUCAUGGAGUGCCACGUGGCAUUGCUGCAGCAGCCGCUGCACUAGGUUCCUUCUCCAUCACUCGUUCCACCCCGGAGCUUCCCGUAGCAGCUGUUCCGUUAGCACUCGCAUCGGCGGCUGUAGCAGGGCUGGCUGGGCCUAUCGCCUGCGGCUUGCUGGCCCCUGCAGGAUUGGAUCAGCUGCUACCUGGAGGGCUGUGGGUGGCUGGUGGGAGAGGAGUUGUGAGUGGAAAAGGAGGGGAAUGGGGAUGGAGUGUUUUGGAUAGGAGACGAGUGGUUGUGGGGGCGGUGUUGGGAAUCAUGCUUGUGGUGGUGAGCUUCAUGGGGAAGAGAACGAUAUGUGCGCACUCGAGCUUCUGUAAUGCGGCUCCGGUGGCACUGACAUGA